UUCAGCUCUAUAGCAAAGCAGAGGAUCUAGGAAGCACAGGCAGGGUCAAGAACUCAAGAUCUACUACUAAAGCAUCCGGCGAGAAUGGUUGCCACAAACACGGGCGAGCUGAGGGCGCUCUUCUUAUCACUGGACCGGGACGCGGACGGCAGGAUCUCGGCCGCGGAGCUGCGGGGGUGCAUGCGGGCGACGCUGGGCGAGGACAUGCCCGUCGAGGAGGCUGAGGCAUUGGUGGCGUCGGCGGACGCGGACGGCGACGGGCUCUUGUGCGAGGCUGAGUUCCUCGAGCUGGCGCAGCAGGCGGCCUGGGCGGGCGACGCGGGGCAGGAGGACGACGAGCUAAGGAUCCGGGCGCUGAGGGAGGCAUUCGGGAUGUACGAGAUGGAGGGGCAGGGGUGCAUUACGCCGGCCAGCCUGGGGCGGAUGCUCGGCAGGCUCGGGGCCGAGCGGGGCGCCGGCGAGUGCCGCGCCAUGAUCUGCCGGUUUGACCUUGAUGGCGACGGCGUGCUCAGCUUCGACGAGUUCAAGAUCAUGAUGAGCUAGAGCGCCUGACCCUGGACCCAAGCAUAUACUCCCUGGAGUACCAGUUCCGUCUUGCAUAUAGCCCCUUCGCUCAUUCAUUCAUUCAAUUGUUACAUGGUAGUAGUAGUACAAAAUUUGUAAUGAUGAUGCAUAGACAAUUGAAUAGAGGCCCUAAAUAAAUUUUAUGUAACUUACGCAUAUCUGGUGCCUAAAUAAUAUACUAGGGACUUUUUUGGUA